UUUUACAAAUAUGUUUUCAUGUUCUUGAACGCACCAUGACGCAGUGGAUUUUAAGGGUUUUGAUUGGUCCGUGCACCAGUCGGACAAACAGAAUACGCCAUAUUGACAGGUUUUGAAGAGAUAUUUUUCGGACAAAAAUGGUUAUAUAGUUCACUGUCAACAUUAAGAUGGCGCACACUGGAGCGACAGAAGCGGCAUUCACUGAGGAAAGCUCGGCCAAGCUGGGUUCCGGUGUCUGCCUGCGAAGUCGGUCGUGCUCCAGUGAGAGAGACGGUCAGGUUCGGGCUGUCAGAGCCGCUCUUCUGUCCAAGUUGGGCCCCUACGAGCCCGUUCUCACCUACCUGCAGUCCGUCCUGGUGUGGGAAAGACCCCUCCACAGUGUCCUUCUCUACGUUGUUGUCAACGUUGUGUUCUGGUUCUUUGCUCUGACGUCGCUGCGUCUGCUGUUCCUGCUGGCUUCUGGCCURGCUGUGCUUGUGUUUGUUGACACAUGGAGGAAUAAGAUUUGGCCCGAGAUUAGAGUGAGAAAGCCGGAUGAAUCAGAAAAUGAGAGCUGGGGUCUGGUGCAGCCCGGUGUGCUCAGCGUACCUGAACUGUGCCACCAUCUCGCAGAGGCCUGGGUCAGUGCGCUGGUUCUCAAAUCCAGGAUGYUGGAAUUCAAACGACAAAACCCCGGCAACUUCUGCGUCCUGACCUGCGGCAUUUUCUCCUGUUUGGCUUUGAUUGGAAACUACAUUCCCGGACUGGUGCUCUCCUAUUCUGCUCUGUUGGCCACUCUUCUGGCCCCGCUGGCUGCCUAUCACAGGGUUUUUCAGAAUGUGUGCGGGAAGCUGGAACCAGUCCUGCAGCGGCUGGACUUCAGCGUUCGUGGAUACAUGAUGUCAAAGCCUAUUGAUAAUCAGUUUCUGCGAAUGCCCCUACGUGGUUCAGGCACAGGUGAAGCCAGCGACAGUGAGGAGGAGUUAGCUGCUUUCUGCCCAACUUUUGACGAUGCUGUUGUUGCAAAGGAGCUUGCGUUGACAGACUCUGAGCACUCUGAUGCUGAGGUUUCCUACACUGACAAUGGGACGUUUAACCUAUCACGUGGUCAGACCCCGCUCACAGAGGGCUCUGAGGAUCUUGACAGACACAGUGAUGCUGAGGAAUCCUUUGCUCAAGACCUCCCAGACUUCCCGUCCAUUAACCCUGAUGCCACUCUGAUGGACGACGACGACGACACGAGCAUUGGGCUCCCCAGCCUGGGCCCGUCUGGGCUCGGUAGUCACCGGGCUUCGGUGCUGGACGUGGAUGCCCAUCUGGACUCUGAUCAGGAUGACCUGGAUCCAGAACUGUCCCUCGGCUCUCUCAGCAGCCUCCCACCCUCUUCGCUCACCGGGGAGUUGGCUGGGGUCUUUGCCAGCAGCAUGAUCCAGGCGGCGCUGGCGGGAGCAGUGCAACCCCGGCCUCCCGCCACCACCCAGCGCAAACAGAGCCACCCCAAAGCUGGGGGUCACCGAAGCUACCGCAAACAGUCCAGCUCCGAGUUUGACACGGACUUGGACGCAGAGGACUUUGAAAUGCUGGAUCAGUCUGAACUGAACCAGAUGGAUCCUGCUGGAGGAGGAGGAGGGGGUUCUAGGAGGGGCGAAAGCCAAGGGUCUAACUUCUUAUCCAGCCUGCUUGGUAAACCCCAGUGAAGUAUAAAUGUGUGUGUGCUGUUAGGAUUGUGUUGUUUAUUGGGCAGUAUGUGACAAUAAUGAGCGUGAAUGCUUGUGUGAGAUGAUUUUAGGUCCCAGCAGCUUUGCCUCUGGUAAGCAUCAGUAAAUCAAUGUGAAGUAUUUCAUUUCCCCCUUUUUUAAAAUCAUAUUUUGUACUCUUCAUCUCUUAUUAUUAAGAGUUUUUACUUUGUAGGCUGAGCAAUAGGAAACAACAAAAACUAACAGGCAUUUAGUGGGCUUCAAAAAAUCUUUUCUACCCAGAGGACUCAACAUACAGGGCUUUCCUAACAGAGGACCAAAAARAACAUUCCUGUUGCUUAACCUGAGCCGUCUUUGAUAAUUAAUGACAUUACUAAGYAGCAUUUAAUGCUAAAACAUUACACCUGCAAUAUCCAUACCUUUACACACCAGUUAUAACCAUUACAAGCAGCAUUUUAUGACAAUAAUAAUGUCAUCAAUGCAUGUUCCCGUGCGAUGAUGAAAUUUGUGCCCCUCACAGUGAGAGCUUAGGGACUGUGUCUUGCUCAAGGACUUUUUGGUCCCAAGACAACUGUCCUGCGACCACAGCCGCCCUAACUGAUAGUUAGUAUACCUCAACCCUUUCUAAUUCAGUGCAUUUGGACUUGUUUGAUGUUGCAGGUUUCUGUAGCUUCAUUAAACUGUUUAUCAGGUCAUGUUUUUGGACUGAUUUUCAUCUAGAAUGAGAAGUAUAAAAAUAUCAGUUUUAUCUUUGUUUCACCUCUUUUUUUUCUGAUUUACAAGUAAAACACUUUUAUUUUGUGGCUACAUUACAGUCUUAACCGAACCAGCAGAUCACUGUUAUUUUUAUUCUUGUUCUCACCCCASUGUGAAAGCUGUUUUCUUCUCAUGCGUGAAUGAGUUUCUCAUUUUUGCCCUCUUAGUGUCCAUGUUUAUUACCUUGCACGAGCUAUCUGGAUUGUGUUUCCUUUUCUAAAGUAGCCCCUUAUCAGAUUUGUUUAUACUUUUAUGUGUUCAAAAGUAAAGUUGAUAUUUUUUAGGAUGAUAAUCAUCCCCCCACCACCCCCAUUUUAAGGCUUUUAUUUUUUAAAAAGGAACUAUGUUUACAUCAGAGUUGGGUAAAAGUUAUCCUCGUUUUUCUUUUAGUGUUAAUUGUUAAAGUGGCUUCUGUUAAGGUUGGUCUAAUUUGUCAAUAUGUAAGAAUGCAAAUGGCACUUUAAACUUUUAAAAAUAUAUCAGUUAGGAUUUAAUCAAAAGCAAAUUUCGAGUCAAAAACACCUUUUUUAUAUUGAGAAAAAAAAAGAACUGUAUAGUUUUUAUCUUUAUUUCAAAACUAACAGAUAUUUACCACAACAAACAAUAGCUGGAUCUACAUUUGAGUUGGGAAGAGAAAAAAAACAGUGCACUGAUAGAACAAUGCUGACAUUUUAACAAAAUUCGAUUGUGUUUGAUUUGUUGAAUGUUAAAGCUGCUUAAAGAAAAGUCACAUUUUAGGCAUAGGUGAUGAUUUGUGGUUUGAUCAUUUGAUGUGCAUAAUGUUGUAAUUUCUUCUCUGUAUCCGGUUUUGAUAUGUUUUGAAGUGCAAAUUGGAUUGAAUAAAAUGUUUGCAAAUAA